GUGUGGCCGCGCGCUCCGCGCGCCCAGGUGAGACUGCACCAUGGGGCAGGCGGGCUGCAAGGGGCUCUACCAGUCGAUCUUCGACUACAAGACCGAAAAGUACGUCAUCGCCAAGAACAAGAAGGUGGGCCUGCUCUACCGGCUGGUGCAGCUCGCCAUCCUGGCGUACUUGGUGAUCUGGGUGUUCCUGGUGAAGAAGGGUUACCAAGACACCGACACCUCUCUGCAGAGCAGUAUCAUCACCAAGGUCAAGGGCGUGACCUUCACCAACACCUCGGAGCUUGGGAAGCGGCUCUGGGAUGUUGUGGACUAUGUCAUCCCACCCCAGGGAGAGAAUGUCUUCUUCAUCGUCACCAACUUGAUUGUGACCCCCAACCAGCGGCAGGAAGUCUGUGCUGAGGGAACUGCCACCCCUCCCCUUCUUUCCUGGCAGAGUGAAAGCAUUCCCGGAGCCACCUGCUAUGAGGACAGCGACUGCCCUCCUGGGGAGCCUGUUCUGACCGGAAAUGGAGUGAGGACUGGGCGCUGCCUGCGGGCAGAGAAUAUGCCAAAUGGCACCUGUGAGAUCUUCGCCUGGUGCCCAGUGGAGACCAGGUCCAGGCCCACGAAGCUGCUCCUGAGCAAGGCUGAAGAUUUCACCGUUUACAUAAAGAAUUUCAUUCGUUUCCCCAAGUUUAACUUCUCCAAGACCAAUGUGCUGGACACCAAAGACAGAACUUUCCUGAAGUCCUGUCAAUUUGACCUCAAGAACCCUUACUGCCCCAUCUUCCGCUUGGGGUCCAUGGUCAGCUGGGCGGGGAGCAACUUCCAGGAGCUAGCGCUGCAGGGUGGUGUGAUAGGAAUUCAGAUUGAAUGGGACUGUGAUCUUGAUAAAGCGCCCUCUGAAUGCAACCCUCGUUAUUCCUUUAAUCGUCUGGAUACUUUUUCAGAAAAUUCCAUCUCCUCUGGAUAUAACUUCAGGUUUGCCAAAUAUUAUCAAGAUGCUGCUGGGGUGGAGUUUCGCACCCUAAUCAAAGCCUAUGGGAUCCGCUUUGAUGUGAUGGUGGUUGGCAAGGCAGGGAAGUUCAACAUCAUCCCCACGAUCAUCAACGUGGGCUCUGGGGUGGCGCUCAUGGGAAUUGGGUCUUUCUUCUGUGACCUGGUACUCAUCUACUUCAUCAAAAAAAGCCACUUUUACCGUGACAAGAAGUACGAGAAAGUAAGGGACCUAGGGGUCCUCGAUGGGCUGGCAGAGUCCUCGCAGCAGGCUGAGACCCCAGAGGCCGAGUAUGAGGAGGAGGGAUCGGGGCUGCCGGAGCAGCCUGAGGCACAAGAUGGAGGCGGUGGCCAGAAGGGGACUGGCUUCGAGUGCCCACAGCUCCCCGAGUCCAGGUUUGGCCAUUUGGGGAAUGGAAAAGUGAAUGCGAAGCAGCUGGAGAACCUGCAGACAGUGGAGGCCUAGCCUGAGGUGUUGGCUGAGAGAUUUGGUGAAGACUUUGGGGGCAGAAAGCCCAGCUCUGAACUGGAAAGUCCCCUUUGUGAGGCAAUGGACAGGGGAUCUGAGGCACAGCCAUCUCUCCUGCACUUCGGGAUCCUGGUACAAGCUCUUUGUGUGUGGGGUGGGAGGCUUCCAGUGGCCAGAAUGGCUCAGUUCUAGGAGAGGUGGCCCUGGACAUGGAAAGGGGGCACGCCAGGAGCUGGGUGGUUCUGGAGUGUUUUUUUUUUUUUUCCGAGAACCUAGUUGGACAUUCAUUCCCUUAUAUACAGUAAACAUUUCUUGCGUGCUGUGUGGGCUGAGCCCCAUCCAAGAAAUGCUUAAAUGAGACGUUGACCAGUCCCCUCAGGGAGGGACUUUGGUCCAGGGCCAUCAGAGCCUGGCCCAGGCCCUCUGGCCCUCAGCUUCAGCUGAGACUUUCACAAAUCCCUGUGGAGAAUGACGGCUCCUCAGAGAAGGGCUUUGGUCAGCAUCCAAGGGGGUAGUUGGUCUUGCCCUCAAGGAUGAAAUUAAAGGGUUAAGGAGGACACCAGGGGACAGCAGGCCCUGGAGGGCUGAGGCAGGCCAGGGGCUCCUAGGCAAGGGAGCAUGCAAGCCUUGUGAAGCUCCGGGUAGAGCACCUGUCUUGGAUGGCAGUGCAUCUGCUGGCUCAGGGGGGCCGCCUGUGUCCCUGUCGACUGGCCUCUCUCUUUCCUCAAAGGCUCAGUCAGGAUUAAAGCAGUAACUGAUGGGGCUCACCUGGCAGGUGGAGAGUCUUUAGGGUCACCUUCACCCCCUCCACCCCAGCCCACGCCCUGCAGCACUCUGCUUCCCUCCUUCAGUGGCUCCAGGUGUGGUCCCUGGAUAGGCAGCAGCGGCAUCACCUGAGGGUUGUCAGAAAUGCAGCCGCAGGUCCCACCCGUAGCCCUGAAUCCGAACCUACAUUUCAACAUUCCCAGGUGGCUCCGGUGCUUGGAUCUGAGAAGCAGUGGUUGAGAUGGAAAGUCCUAGUUCUGAGGGUGACACCAGUUUCUAGGUCACAGGUGCUACCUGGAGAGGAGCCUCCCUACCCCCAGCAAAGUGGCAUCAUUUCCUUAGAGUAUUUCAUCUAGGUAAUACUUAUGACUCAAAAUGUAAAAGGCCCCAAAGCAUAGAUGGUGAAGAGUUUCCCUGUGUCAUACCCGUUUAUUGGCAAACUGUGUUACCAAUUUCAAGAGGUUCCUGUUUUGCCAAAAAUCCUCUUGGUUCCUGGCAAUCUCCCUCAGAAAUGAACUUUCCUCACACCUGCACCCCAGACCAAGUCUCCUCUGUCAGAAAGAGACAUGAUGGGGUAUGCAUAAGUCCUGGGCUAGGGGCUCCCCCUCCCGUGUCUGAGUCAUCCCUGUAUAAACAGAGGCCCCCAGCCCUGAACCUGGAACACCCUCACCUUGGCACCUGGUAACCUGGCAGCAUGGCCCACCUGCUGCAUUCUGGGUGAUCCACUGUGGCCCUUCCCUUCCUCACUACAGCAAGUCCUUGGAUUUGAGGAUCAUGCAUGUUACUCUUGUUACUUUUGGGAGGGAGUAAAUGGGGGAUGGUUGCCCAGAAGUUGCUCUGGUAGAGUCUGAGAACAGUCGUACUAUUUUAUAUAGAAUUGAAUAUGCCCUCCCCAACAGCUCUUUGGUCAGCAAAUAUUUACUGAGCACCUAUUGAGUCAGAUGUUGGGCUACAUGACAGUGAUGCAGGAGGGCAACACAGCACUCCCCCUACAUGGGUCAUCUAGUGGGGAGCUGACUGGAUCAACGGUCAUACACAUCACCACUGAGUAGGGUGCUUUCAGCGUUUUUAAUGCAAGUGAGUAGCGUGCUUUAGCCAGAGGUUUCUCAUGGAAGUGACAUGUCGGUGGAAAUCCGAAAGGUUGGUAGUAGCCCAACUAGGCACAGAAGCCUUCCUGCCAAGGGAACCACCUGUGGAAAAAGUGCUUUGGCAGAGAGGCCUUCAAGGAACUGGAUACAGUGUGACUAGAGCUGGUUUUGUGAGGCUUUCUAUUCAUCAGGCUGACUUUAGGGGUCACCCUAUUAAAUUUGACCACAGUAAGACAGCUGUUUUGAGUUCAGCAAACUUUCCAGGUGGCCUCACUGCAAGAGGUCAGGAAGUCAGUGACCCCCAUUAUAGCUUCUGAUGGUGUUGCUAAAGUUCCUUGCUCUUGCUGAGUCCUCCUCACUGCACUCCCCCACUUAUGCAUUAGUGGGAGGGUCACUGAUCUUACAGAAACUCACUCUGAAAUGAGAAAUGGGAACCCGAGCUCUUCAAUUUUGGAAAGGCCUUCUGUCUCGAGGAGUGGUUAUCUCAUCAGGAAGAUGAAUAUGCCAGCCUCAAGCUCGCUUCCAAGCUGACAUUCCAGGAUCACAUGAAUUCCUGUGCUUAUGUCCAGGCCCUGGCCUCAAGCCAUCUACGUGUUAUUUUCCUACUGACUAGGAUUUACUGAGAUGCUGGCCAACAGGAAAUGUGCAAAUUGGGUGCUAUCCAUGUGACAUCAUGGGGACCAACCAUGAAAAAGCAAAGUGCCCUCUACUCCUGAUGCAGGGGGCAUCAGGACCGAUCAGUCACAGUUGCCUUUCCGCCUCCACCACCACCUCGGUUCUUUUUUCAGUGGCUGGCUGUGCCUUGGGGGAACAAUAAUAAAGAGGGAGUGUGACAACCUCUAGGGAUAAAGCACCCCAGUUAAGGUCUGCAGUGCCUGAAGAAUCCCCCACCCAACUUGGAUGGCAUCUUGCAUGUCUGGAAAAGGGCUCCGGUGGGUUCCAACCUGUCCCUCCCUCCACGUGAUGCAACUCCCUGGGAGCCUACUCACCAGUGGACCCGGGGAACACUUGCCAAAGGACAUCUCUUUCUGCCAGCUGUUUCUCCUUGGGUUAGGGGGAUACAGAGUUAAAGGCAGGGGAUGGCAAACACGUUCUGGAAUCUGUCCAAUGAUGUAUUCUGUGGUAUUUUUAUUUGGUUAUUAAACAAUAAAAGGUGUUAACUUUAAAUGUGUUCUGACUUUUCUGCCUUCAUAUCAUUAUGGUCACUAAGAGUUUUUGGAGGAAAAUAUAGGAAGGCAAUACCAAGCAGAGACAUAAGAGGCAAUCAGGAACCAAAAUAUUCCUAACAAAGGCACAUCUUAUAAAGAAAUUCAAAAGAUAGAAAAUUUUAAAUGAGCAAAUAUUAAAAGACUAGGAAGACACUGAUAAAACUGGUAUUUUUCAUGCAAGGUGUGAUCUGAUAAAACUGGAAUUUGAAAUCAAGUUUUUAUCGCCUACAAUAAAAAUUUCCUAAAAAAUGAGAUAGGUGUAAAGACAUUUAUUGCAGUAUUUUUAAUAGUGAACAUUUCACACAACCUUACUGCCUAGCAAUAAAGGGGAAUGGUCAAGUUAAUGUGCUCAUUUAACACCCUCCCCACCCUUUUCUUACUCAGCCUGAGGAAUGUACCCUCCUUUCCUACUCAGAGAAGGCAGAGAGGGCUAGAGGGUGGGGAGGGGAGAGUGUGUAAGCCAAAAACAUGAGCACCUUCACUAGCAGUCAAACAAAGGGUUUUGAGGUCAUUUGGAGUGGGAGGUCAGCGGUGGCUUGAGCUGGCUGCUUGACUUCCUGUGCAAACGAGGUUCAGAACCCAAAAGGGGAUGUGGGAUUCCUGGAUCCCAGCUCCAUUUCCUUUAUUGUCCACAGUCCACUUGCUGUCUAUAAAGGGGGCUGUGGAUUCGAGCUCUCCAGAUCCCUUCUGAUCUAAAACAGAUUACUUUUAAAAAGACCGAAAUCUGGUCUAGCUCCUGAUAGAAAUUUCCAAAGGCUUUUCCCAGUUGCUCCUGGGAUCAAGGCCAAAGCCCCAUCCUCCACCAGCCGGUGUAGGUUUCCCUUAUGGCCUCUUUUAAUUCUCCAGAUAUAGGCCAAACUCCUUCCUGCCAACUCUUCACACAUGCACUUUCUUGUAAGUAAUCCCAUCCCCACAACAGUCUUUGGGUCUCAAGUAUUAUUUCUUCAAAGAAAUGCUCUUUCAUUCCCCCAUUGCCCAACCUGGGCAAUGUUUGGGCUUCUCAAAUGCUCUGUGUUCACGGUACUGACCAUAAUUUAAGUAUCUGUGAAAUUAGAUGAUUCUGGUCAUCCCAACUAGACUAUAAAUUCCAAAAGCAGUAUGUUCAUUCCUAGAACUAGUCAACUUCUAUUUUUCAAUAUAUGAAUUUUUACCCUAAGAUAACCCUCCCGGCAAGUGGUCAUGCACUAGGUUAUAUAGAGACAAGUCAAAAGUUUAGGUGAAGCAUCUAAACAGUCUGUUUAGUCUGCAUUAGACAAAUCCUAGAAAAAAGAGCUACUUUUUAGUGGAAAACACAGCUGCUUGUAACUACGGGAAAUAGAAUGGAAAUGGCGCCAUUCAUAUCUGAAAGAAGUGGUUAGUGGGAAGAAAGGCAGGAUUUUGAAAAGAUACACUCACCCAAUACACAAUAGCAAUUAAGCAAUUCAUUCUGCCUCUGCCUCUUCCCAGCUAAAGCCUCCUCUGCAAGAGGUAUUUAGACUCCCUGAGCCUCAGAUGCAUCAAUAAGGGUUAAUAAUCUGAUCGACACCAUAAGAGUAAGACAAGGGUAUAAAAGGUGCAAGGCACAAUGCCUGGCAUGUGGGGAACACAUAAUAUUAACCAAUUAGUUCUUCAGAUGUAAAAUUUUUAUUUAGGCCUUAGCAGCCUCUCACUCUAGAGAGGCUAUACAUACUACAAGAACCUUACAGAUGG